AUGGAUUCGCACGUGCUAAAUGAGACAUUUGCGUCUCCCGAGUGCCUCGCAGCGCAGACUGGGAACGGGAGCUUGGAGGCAUCCAACGUCACCUGCGGCAACGUGUCCACCCUCCUCCUGCCGCAGCUCGUGAGGCGCAAAGAUGAUGACCACACACUGCGGAUCCUGCUCUACUCGCUCAUCUUCUGUCUGAGUGUGUUCGGCAACCUGCUGAUCAUCGUGGUGCUGACGGUCAAUAAGCGCAUGCGCACCGUGACCAACACUUUCCUGCUGUCACUCGCCGUCAGUGACCUGAUGAUGGCCAUCUUCUGCAUGCCCUUCACCCUCAUCCCCAGCAUCCUCAAGGACUUCAUCUUCGGAGCCGCCAUGUGCAAGAUAGUGUCCUACUUCAUGGGACUAUCAGUGAGCAUAUCCACAUUUAGCCUGGUUGCCAUAGCGAUCGAGCGCUACAGCGCCAUCUGUAACCCCCUGAAGUCGCGGGCGUGGCAGACCCGUUCCCAUGCCUAUCGUGUGAUUGCUGCUACGUGGGUGUUAGCCUUCAUAAUCAUGAUCCCUUACCCAAUCAUCAGUCACCUGGAGUCUUUUCAUCGUCCUGACAACACCACCGCUCACCAGUGUCGCCACAUGUGGCCCCUCGCAAGAGCAGAGCAGGCCUGGUACAUUUUGCUGCUGCUUGUGCUGUUUGCAAUCCCGGGGUUGGUGAUGAUUGUGGCCUAUGGACUGAUCUCCAGGGAACUUUAUAGAGGCAUCCAGUUUGAGAUGGGCCACAAAAAAGACUCAACCGAUGUGAAGAAUGGACUCACCUCCGCGGUGUCCAGUGGCAGCGAAGAUGGCGACGGUUGCUACGUUAAUGUCGUCCAGCGGCCACACUCGAUGGAGAUGUCCGCCAUGGCUGCGUCCAGCCGGGCGAUCAAGGCAGAAAGGCCACGCAGCAACACAUCGGAGGCCAAGCUGGAGGCCAAGAAGAGGGUUAUCCGCAUGCUGGUGGUCAUCGUCUUCCUGUUCUUUCUGUGCUGGAUGCCACUGUACUGCGCCAACACCUGGCGGGCUUUCGAUGACACGUCUGCCAAAAGCGCCCUCUCGGGUACGCCCAUCGCUUUCAUCCAUUUGCUGUCCUACACCUCUGCCUGCGUCAACCCGAUCAUUUACUGCUUCAUGAACACACGCUUCCGCAAAGCUCUGCUCGCCACGUUCGCGUGCUGCGCCGCGCCUUGCCGCCGCCGCCGUCGUAGCGGGCUACGGGACAACGAGGAGGACGCUAUGGCGACGGGGGCGUCCAUGUCCAAGUUCAGUUACACCACAGUCAGCACCAUGGGAACCUGCUGAGGCGGAUGGAUGCGGGCGCCAACCCAGGAGAGACACAGCACCCUACACCCGGUGUCUUUAGGCCAGUCCCGUACUCACAGGGACAGUGAUGUGGAUUGGAAAAAAAGGCCAACUGUUGCCGUAGUAUAGUAGCUCCGCUCGUGACUAAAUGUUGGGAUUAUUUAAUGAAACCCAGUCUCACAGUGUAAAUACCUCCAUAGCUAUAAUUGAAAAAAACAGAUUGUACAAAUUGUCUGUCGAGAUGUUUACGAUGUGACAUAUGUGAGUGUGUCUGUAGAGGUGGGCUGUACGCUAUGUGAGGGAGGUAGUUUAAAUAACUUUUACAAUUUAAAAUUAGGAAGACUGUAACUUUAAAAAAAAAAAAGUUUUAUAUUGUGUGGUCAGUUGUUUAUCUGUGUUAAUGAUAGUAAUGUAAUUGCCUUGUGGACUAAGUGCCUAGUUUUAAAUACUAUGUCACGCUUGUCUGCUGUUGGUUUGUCACACUCAUCACGGGUACCAUGACCACAGGCAAACUGGAGCCCAAAGGAGUUUAAAGACUAAAAAGAUCUACUAAACAAACUGAAAAUCCUCCUCAGAAGGAAAAGAAUUUCAUCCUGAAUGGACCCGAUAAAUGAGCAGGUGGUCUACGUGGUAAACAGAAAAUCCUUCAGUGGUAUGAGCAGCUUCGAUGGGCCGUGGGGAUGCCUUGUGUUGUGGUUUUAUACUCUAGUGCUAGCCACCUUUGGGUUUUUGAGUUUUUAGAGACAGGAUUUUUCUGUGUAAUGUUUUUAUUGCGUCCUUGCAGGUGAACACAGUAGCAAAUAUGAGAAGGAUGACUUGGCACUUGAAUUGUGUUUCUGUCUCAUGGAUAGGACUGUGGGUUAUUUAAAAAGACAAUUUAACAGUUCCUAUAUUAUUACAUUCCUGACCAUAUUAGAAAAACACCAUGAGUACAGCAGAAGGUUCUGUAUAUAUCGCUAUAGCUAAAAGAUAGAAGCGUAAUAAACAUCGAUGAAGUCACUAGUAAUACGCUUUAUAGUCGACACAAAUAUGUUACAUUUGUUACCAUCUGGCAACAUGAAAGGGUGAUUUUUGCAAGUUUACUGCAGCCUUAUGCUCUAAAGGAGACAAGUUCACUUAGUUCAGUGACUGUUCAGUGACUUGCAGUCGACAGCGAUGACAGCCAGGUUCCAGAGGUCUCUGUGGGUCAGGCGCUGUCUGGCGUGCCUGACUCUGGCUCCCCUGUUCUCUCUUCGCACUAAUUGUGUUACAACCUCAACCCUGCCAGGCCGAACAGAUGAGCAUAUUUUUCUGAGUGCGCCAAAGCACAAUGCUGUCAGCUUCUCAACUACCAGAUGUACGGCCUAACUUUGUGAGCAUUUCUCUCGACUGAGUUGGAGCUUUUGUGGUUUAUUGCAUUCAACAUAUGAAUCAUACUGAAGCCUUACUAUGACAUGCAACUACAGUGAAACAGAAUUCUCAAGAAACCUCGAUCUCCGUUACGGAAAUAAAUCUUGUCGACACA